AAUGGCGCGCUAUGUGACGAUAUUUUCACACUCACUUAUGACAUAACAUACUUUCAGGCUAGACGCAAAACAUCCAAAGGCUGGACGUUACAACUCCAUAAAAAGUUGGUUAUCUUAAAAUAAGUCAAUGACUGGUUCAGUUACUUUCAUAAUUGGGUAGUCUCGUUCACUUCAGUAUAAGCUUUGUUACGCUAAUAAUGAAACUGCUACAUGGCGAUGCAAAUAUUCCCGACAUUAAGUCCAUAUUUGGUUCAGAUGUAUCUGGAUGUAUUAACAUGAAUGUAAUGCCUGGCAGCAAAUCAGCAAACCUAGUCCCAUACGCCGUUGAAAAGUUCCAAAGUGGAGAGACAGAUGCGAUUAUAUGGUGGAGCAAACAUGGCGCUGUCGCGAAGACUGUUGCGUGUGCUGAGAUGUUCAAAAGCAUUGUGCUCAAUACAAUCUCACAGACGUCACAAUUAGAUGGUGCCAGCCCACCAAAAAUGUACCAAUGUAGUCGCUUGCAUAUUCAAUCAUGUAAUUGCUCAGUUCCUGAUACAACAAUAAGUUGCACCCUGGAAGAACCGGGGAUUGCUAUCCUAUUUUCUAAAUCUCAAUUCCCAGGAGAAGAUUGUCAACUGCCUGUUGAUUUCGGGGGUAACAGUUUUUCAGACUUUAUGAACAAAGGGAAUACAUCUAAAUCAAAUUUAGAUCAUCCACCUAGUCGUCGUCGCUUAUCCCGUACUAUUCGAAAAAACGUGAUACUGUUCGUGAUUCCAAUAAAAACGAGGCCAAGUUUGUUAAUAAUGGUUCUUCAGAGAUGGGUGAUUUCCAUAAUGUCCCUUUUCAAACACCCCGUCUGGCUGCGGCUAUUUCAAAUGUAAAUAAGUAUUAAAGCACAAAAAAUUGAACAAAAAACGAAAAAAGUCGUCAAAUUCGUAAAGAAAUACUUUGUGGUGUAUUAUUAUUUACCUAGUUCCGAUUGUGAUGUCCAUUACCCUUUCGCACUUAUUUUUGCAAUGAAACAAAGAGUAUAAAAUUGGAAUACACUUUAUAUUAUAUCAUUUAGUACACGUUUUUUUUAAUAUACAAGAUGUAUAGCCAAGUUGAUUUUAAAAUAUUUCUCAGACAAAUCUGCU